AUUGGCCUCCCCUCCUCCUCUGUUUCGGAGACGACCCUGUUUCCAGAUUCUCCUGUGGGUUUUCAAGAUUUUCUGUUUCUUUGGGUUUCGGAGAAGGCUCUGCCUGGGGUUGCUGUCGGUUUCGUUCUUGAUCUCGAGAUGCGAGCCGCGAACUCCGAAGGAGCUGUGGCAGUGGUCGUGGCGACGGACACGAGAGGAAAGCAUCGGAUACAAGCCGAGCUCAAGCGGCUCGAGCAGGAAUCCAGAUUCUUGGAGGAAGAGCUGGAACAACUUGAAAAGAUGGAGAAGGCCUCAGUUGCUUGCAUAGAAUUGCUCACUCAUGUUGAAGCAAAACCUGAUCCAUUGUUACCAGUAACGACCGGUCCGCUAAAUCCAUUGUGGGACCGAUGGUUCGAGGGUCCUCAAGAUUCGAAACGCUGCAGCUGCUGGAUACUUUGAUAGAGACCUUGUGGGUCGAACGUUAACUUGGAACGCCAGAGCUUACAGAUACCGAGAGUCUCACUUACAGAUUUUUACAGUUAACACCGAUAAAGCUGUGAUUUAGAAAAUUAGUAGAAUAACGUUGUGCAGUAAGUUGCCAUUCUUUUCUAUAGACUUUCUGAUUUAUGAAUUUUGAAAUGGCUUGUUUCAUUGUGCAUCAACAAUUCCUGCCAUGGAAUCCUGGUGAACCAAUCUGCAUAAUGCGAAGAAAGAGCAGGAAUCAGCACGUUUUUUGUA